CGCUCCACGCAUGCUCCGCGCCCGCCCCUCCCCGCGCUCUGGCCGUUCCCAGCGGCUGCGGGGCAAGGAUGAAGGACCGGACCGGGGAGCUGCGCGCUGCAAAGGACAGUGAUGAUGACGAUGAAGUCACCGUCAGUGUGGACCGGGAUCGUUUCAUGGAUGAGUUCUUUGAGCAGGUGGAAGAAAUUCGAGGCUUCAUUGAUAAAAUUUCAGAGAAUGUGGAAGAAGUGAAAAGGAAGCACAGCGCCAUCCUCGCUUCCCCCAACCCUGAUGAAAAAACGAAAGAGGAGCUGGAAGAGCUGAUGUCUGACAUAAAGAAGACGGCGAACAAAGUGCGCUCCAAGCUAAAGAGCAUUGAGCAGAGCAUCGAACAAGAGGAAGGACUGAACAGGUCAUCGGCUGACCUGCGGAUAAGGAAAACUCAGCACUCCACCCUGUCCCGCAAGUUCGUGGAGGUGAUGUCCGAGUACAACGCCACGCAGACUGACUACCGGGAGCGCUGCAAGGGCAGGAUCCAGAGGCAGCUGGAGAUCACUGGCAGGACCACCACCAGCGAGGAGCUGGAGGACAUGCUGGAGAGCGGCAACCCGGCCAUCUUCUCCUCUGGGAUCAUCAUGGACUCAAACAUCACCAAGCAGGCGCUGAACGAGAUUGAGACACGGCACAGUGAGAUCAUCAAACUGGAGAACAGCAUCCGAGAGCUGCACGACAUGUUCAUGGACAUGGCCAUGCUGGUGGAGAGCCAGGGAGAAAUGAUUGACCGCAUCGAGUACAACGUGGAGCACUCGGUGGACUACGUGGAGCGGGCUGUGUCCGACACCAAAAAAGCCGUGAAGUACCAGAGCAAAGCCAGACGGAAGAAGAUCAUGAUCAUAAUCUGCUGUGUGAUCCUGGGCAUCGUCAUCGCCUCCACCUUUGGCGGCAUUUUCGGCUAGACUCACCCCCCGGGACUGUUUGUGUGCGAUGGAUGGAGCCGCGCGUGCCAUGGGGCUGCAGCCACGCCGGAGCAACCCACGCAGCCCUGGAGCCUCCCAGCAGCAUUUCAGUUUCUAAUGCAUGGUUGUUUGUGACGCUGUGUGUGCGGUGCGGUGCGUCUGUGUGGAGGGAGCUCCAGCCCCGGGGCGCAGGCGGGGGGCCGGCGAUGGUGAUGGGUGCAAGGGGGACCCCGGGGGGACCCCGAGCUCUCAUCACUGCUCCAGGCUGGGUGGCUGGCUGGACCAGGUGGGGGACAGAAGUGCCCGUGGGCACUGCUGCUCACGGUGUGAUGGGCAGUCUGUGUUAGUGGCAGGAGGAGGGAGGGAUGAUGGGUGUUAGGGGUCCUUGGGAGUACCGUGCCCAGUCAACCUCCCCAGCUUGCCCAUCACCUCGAACUCUCAUGUCUGUCAGCCGCAUCUGUGCUUGCAAACACCUUCCCUUGGGCUGCUUCUCUUUGGGGCCCUUCCCCAGGGGUGUGCUCUGCCCAGCCCUGCCUGGCCAGUGACUGUGUCUGGCUCUGGGGCUCCAUCCCUGCCACUCCUCCCGUGGCAGGGCUGUCCCCUCCCUACAUGAGCCCUCACCCCAGUAGGGUGCCAAAGGCUGGACGUGCAGGUGGUGGGUGCCUGAUGGAGCAGUGUGGAAUAAGGCUUGGGGCCAUCACAGUUGCCUGGGGACAGGAAUAGGGCACGUAGGGGCCAGUGCUGCUCCUGGAUGCUGGCCUGACAGGGCAGGGUGGCACGGAUAGUCUAAGGCCAGUGAAUUUCACUGGCUGUUCAUUCUGCAGCACAGCCUCAUCGCAGUGCUCUCAGCCCUGGCACACGGUGGUCCUGGCUCCUCUUGCCCACAGGCCUGGACUCUGCCUGCCGGGGUUUGGGGCUGUUGCUGAUGUCCACAGCUCCUGGCAGCACUCACCUGCAAAGCAGGGCUGCUCCAGCUUUGCUUUUUCAUACCCAUGGCCGGGGGUUAGAAGCAGUUGGGCUUUCUCCUGUUGUGGUCCCAGGAGUAGCCCUUGCUGCAUCCAGCCCCCUGCAAGCGAGGAGUAGCAGCCUUCCUCCUCCUGUAUCCAGUCUCAUUCUGAGCAGGCCAGUGCCUGUUUGCCACCUCCUGGCACCCUGCUGCUGCUGGCACCAUGCCCUUCUGCCCAGCCAUCCAGUGAGGCAUCUGCUCUCAGUGGGGUGCUGUGGGACAACCUGGGUGUCCUGUGCCCUCUGCUGUGCCCAUGACACAGAUGCAGCUGCUGUGGGGGGUCUCACUGUCAGCUCAGGGGGGUCCAGUAGUGCCAUCGCCUGUUUCCCUCAGGCGAGGGACAGGGCUCUGCCCUCACCUUCCUCUGGAGACCCCAGGGCUCUGGCUGGCCUGUGCACAUGCCAAAGCACCACAGAGGAGUCCCAAGGUAGGCUAGGCUCACUGCCACUCUGGGACAGGGGCUUGCUGUCAGGUGCUGGUAGCAGAAAAGGGACACUUGAUGGCAGCCAGUAUUCCAGCUUCAGGCCAGCAUCACCUCCCAGCUCCCACCAGCACCAGGGCAGGGCAGCUCCACAAGCUGGCAGGGUGCUGUGGCUCAGGCACUGGCUGUGUGUGGUGCCCCUGGGUGCAGGGGAAAGGCAGUGGCUGCUGCCACAGAGUGCUGCCUGCCCCAGGGCCAGCCCUGCCCAGCAGCAGCCCUAACAUGGCUUUUCUGCCACUGUUACCCGAGGUCCCCCCAGCCGGCCCCUUGCUGCAUGCAGCUGCCCUUGGGAAGUGGCUCCAGCCUGGUUCCCCACACUGCCCAGUCAAAGCCCUCGGGGUGCAGCCAUGGGAACAUCCCAGACCAGAGCCCCCUUCUUUCACAGUCCCACACCACUGAUGUGAGCUCCAGCACUGCAGCCUGUGUGCACUGAAGGGCUUGGGGCACCAGGACCACGCAGGCAGGGCUAGGAGGCAGGCAAGGGCAGGGUCUCUGCUCCAGGGGGACACCUCUGGCUGCAGGAAAAGGGAGUGGCCAUGCUUCUGUCCCUCAGCAGCUCCCUGCCACUGCCGUCCAUGCUUACUCUGCCAGGCCAGCAAGAGCCCCAGGGCCCCUCCAGGAAGCAAUAACACUGGGCAGGCAGGAAAGCCCUCCUCCCAGGCUGCUGCCUGCAGCCAUGCUCCUGCCCUGCAGCCAUGCCAACUGCUAGCACAAGGUGACUUUUUUUUCUUCCAGGCAACGGCUUUAGUGGCACAAGCUCACCUGACAUCAGGGCUGUGGCACCCCUGCCAAGGCACAAGGCCAGGAACUGCCCCAGGGGGAAUUCUUGGCCCUUGCUUCUUGUUGGCACCACCACUGCCAGCAGCCCCCACAGCAGCAGAAGUCAGAUGGGGCCAGUCAGGGCCGCUGGCACUCUGCUGGGAUCCUGGGGGCAGCAGCAGUGCUGGGCUCCAAAGCAAGGGAGAUGAGGAGCAGGCUGCCACUGCUGCCCCACAGGCAGGCUCACACUGUCCUCGCUGUGAGGGGAGGGUGUUUUGGUGCAAUAAUUACCCCUGCACUACGGGAAGCCCCAUUGAGUUCCUUUUCACCUACCUGUCGUUGCAUGUACAGACCAAAUCACCAGUGUGGAUGUGCUUUGGGAAGAUGUUUCACCUUUUCUUUCCAGCCCCCAACCUGCACCUGCUUGUCCUUUGGGUUCCACCACCUCUGUUCCAAGUGCCACCCGCCCUCCCCAUGCCGGGAGCGUGUUGAUGCAGUAUUCCAUGAGCAGUGUGGGGCACGCACAGCUUGCACUCGAACUGGGGAUUGGGGUUUUUUUGUAAUUAAUGUACUUGAAGGCUUUCCAAGCCCCCCGUGGAGUUCUACUGUUGCUGUACUGUGAGCUAAGUGUCCUUGUUUUCUAUGUGGAUCUUGACCCUGGCUUGCUCUGUCUCACUGGGCUGGAUGACACUGUAUGUUGCCUCUCUUCUCCUUCCCUCUUUUCCUUCCUGCUAGCAUUCCUUUCUUCUCCCAAGGCUUUGGGUGCAAAACAGCUUCCCAUUUUGUGGAAUUUUUAUGUAGAAUAAACAUUUGUAACUGUAAA